AUGUGCGGGCGAUAUGCUAUGGGAAUUCGGCUGGCGUUCAUCCGACAUCAGCUACAAGAAAGAGGCCAGCAGAUUGAUGAAGUCGCAGACGAUGAUGAAGUGAGGGAGACGUAUAAUUUUGCUCCAGGCAAUUAUGGUGCUGUUCUAAGAGCUGAUACCCCUGAUCAUGGUGGCGUUGGCUCUGGAGCUAUUGACGGAGAAGCUGUCGAGGAGCAAGAAGAGGAUGCUGAACAGGCUGAGAAAGAAGGAAACCAGGGCACAAAAUACAAGAUCCAGGCUAUGAAAUGGGGACUGAUACCCUUUUGGACAAAACGAUCUCCCAACUAUGGCUCCCUGAUGAAAACUAUCAAUUGCCGUGAUGACUCCUUGAUGGAAGAUCGAGGCAUGUGGACUUCGAUGAAGAGGAAAAAGCGCUGCGUCGUAAUAUGUCAGGGUUUUUACGAAUGGCUCAAAACAGGCCCUGGGGGUAAAGUUAGGAUGCCAUAUUAUACCCACCGCAAGGAUGGAGAUCUGAUGUGUUUUGCCGGUUUAUGGGACUGCGUCAAGUACGAAGAUUCGGAAGAGAAGCUAUAUACCUAUACGGUAAUCACUACCUCGUCUAACGCACAUCUCAAAUUCCUUCAUGAUCGAAUGCCAGUUAUCCUUGAGCCAGGUAGUAAAGAGAUGGCCACCUGGUUAGAUCCGCAUAUCACUACAUGGACGAAAGAACUGCAGUCGUUCUUGAAACCUUAUGAAGGCGAAUUAGAGACGUAUCCUGUCAGCAAGGACGUUGGGAAAGUCGGUAACAAUUCCCCGAGCUUCAUUAUACCAAUCGACAGUAAGGAGAACAAGGGGAAUAUUGCGAACUUCUUCCAGGGCAACAAAAGCGAGAAGAAAGGGAAGACAGAGAAGAUACUUGACGGAAAGAGCGAUAAGACGAAGGAGAAAUUACGCUCCCCUGAACGGAUACGGGACGAACACGCUCCAAGUAGUCAGGUGAAGAGGGAAUACUCGCCGGAUGAAAAGGAAGAACAAGCACAGGGGGAUCACAAGAGGGUGAAGGUCGAAAGUCAACAAAAAGGAGCUAUCAAAGCAGAGUCACCACCUCUUAAAGGACUUAGUCCCGCGAAGAAGAUGCGAAGUGCAACGAGCAACGACACAAAGUCCAAGGCCGGAGUUAAAUCCAGUGGUGGGAAUCAACGAAUUACCAAUUUCUUCAAGAAGUGA